GUUUGUCCGGACCGGCGGGGAGGGUGGGCGCCAUCUUCCUCCAGGCUCACUGAGGGCUCUACCUGUGCUGGGGGAGGCUGCUGCGGCGAAGAGUGUCCCCGGCCCCUGGCCUCGCGUUUCCGACCCGGCGGCAGCGAAGGAUGAUUAAUUUCCCCUUGGAACAAAGAAGACCAUUUUGUAAUGCCCUUAAUUGUGGUUCCUUUUAUUGCUUCACUUUUAAUAGUUAAGUUGCUUUUACAGAAUUAACAGGUCUCCAAGAAAUAAAAAAGGUCAUUAUUGCUGUUGUUUGAGCUCAGCAUGGCUGUAGUCAUCCGUUUACUGGGGCUUCCUUUUAUUGCGGGGCCUGUGGAUAUUCGUCACUUCUUCACGGGAUUGACUAUUCCUGAUGGAGGAGUGCAUAUAAUUGGAGGGGAAGUUGGGGAGGCUUUUAUUAUUUUUGCAACAGAUGAAGAUGCAAGACGUGCCAUAAGUCGUUCAGGAGGGCUUAUCAAGGAUUCAUCUGUAGAGCUCUUUCUUAGUAGCAAGGCAGAAAUGCAGAAGACUAUAGAAAUGAAAAGAACUGAUCGUGUCGGAAGAGGGCGACCAGGAUCUGGGGCAUCAGGGAUGCGCAGCCUGUCUAACUUUAUUGAGGCUGUUAAGGAAGAAUCAAGUAAUUUUGGAUAUGGCUCUUUGAUUAAUCAAGAUGCUGGGUUUCAUACUAAUGGUACAGGACACGGUGAUUUAAGGCCAAGAAAGACAAGGCCAUUGAAAGCCGAGAAUCCCUAUUUGUUUCUACGAGGUUUGCCUUACUUAGUAAAUGAAGAUGACGUACGUGUCUUUUUCUCUGGUUUGUGUGUGGAUGGAGUAAUUUUCUUAAAACAUCACGAUGGCCGAAAUAACGGUGAUGCCAUAGUAAAAUUUGCUUCAUGUGUUGAUGCCUCAGGAGGUCUUAAAUGCCAUAGAAGUUUUAUGGGUUCAAGAUUUAUAGAAGUAAUGCAAGGAUCAGAACAACAGUGGAUUGAAUUUGGUGGUAACGCAGUUAAGGAGGGUGAUGUUGUUACUAGAGCUGAAGAACAUUCUCCACCAAGAGGAAUUAAUGAUAGACAUUUUCGAAAAUGGUCUCAUUCAAAAUCUCCUGGAAGAACACGUUCUCGUUCCCCUCUCGGAUUUUAUGUUCACUUAAAAAAUCUGUCCCUAAGUAUUAACAAAAGAGAUUUAAGAAAUUUCUUUAGAGAUACAGAUCUCACUAAUGAACAGAUUAGGUUUUUAUAUAAAGAUGAAAGAAGAACAAGGUAUGCCUUUGUGAUGUUCAAGACUCUGAAAGACUAUAAUACUGCUCUGGGUUUACAUAAGACUGUUUUACAGUAUCGUCCAGUUCACAUUGAUCCAGUUUCUAGAAAACAAAUGCUGAAGUUCGUUGAAUAUUAUGAAAAGAAGAGACCAGGGUCAAAAGAGAAAGAGAGGCCUGGACAUGUUUCACAAAAGUAUCCUCAAGAAGGCUAUUCUGGCCGGAAACUGUGCAUAUAUAUAAGAAAUUUUCCAUUUGAUGUUACAAAAGUUGAAGUACAGAAGUUCUUUGCAGAUUUUUCUCUCGCUGAGGAUGACAUUUACCUGUUUUGUAAUGACAAAGGAGUUGGUUUGGGAGAAGCAUUGGUGAAAUUUAAAUCAGAAGAACAGGCCAUGAAAGCUGAACGUUUAAACCGACGAAGAUUCUUAGGAACAGAAGUAUUAUUAAGACUUAUAUCUGAGGCACAGAUGCAGGAGUUUGGUGUAAAUUUUUCCUUGAUGCCCAGUGAGAAGAUGCAAGCUCGUUCACAGUCACGUGAUAGAGAUGACCAUUCCCAUUUAUUUGACUCAAAAGAUCCUCCACUAUACCCAGUUGGCCCUUCUGAAAACUUUAGACAUCAGGUAGAGGACUUGAGGCAACUGGAUAACUUCAAGCAUCCCCAGGGGGAUUUCCGACAGCCCGACAGACACCCUCUGGAAGACUUUGGGCACUCCCCAGAGGAUUUCAGGUUCCCUUCAGAGGACUUCAGACACUCCCCGGAGGACUUCAGGCACCCUCGGGAAGAGCACUUCAGGCGACCUUCUGAGGAGGACUUCAGGCGCCCUUGGGAGGAAGACUUCAGGCACCCCAGGGAGGAGGACUGGAGGCAGCCACUGGAGGAGGAUUUUAGGCGAUCUCCCAAGGAGGACUUCAGGCAACCUUCUGAGGAGGACUUAAGGUGGCCCCCUGAAGGAGAUUUCAGGCGGCAACCUGAGGAGGACUGGAGGCGGCCACCUGAGGAGGACUGGAGGCGGCCACCUGAGGAGGACUUCAGGAGGCCCCCUCAGGGGGAAUGGAGGCGAUCACCCGAGAAUGACUUCAGGCGACCUCUUGAGGAGGAUUUCCGGCGGCUUCCAGAGGAGGAUUUCAGACAUUCCCCUGACGAGGACUUCAAGCAGUCACCCCAGGAGCACUUCAGACGGCUACCCCAGGAGCAUUUCCGGCGGCCACCUCCGGAACAUUUCAGGCGACCACCUCCGGAGCACUUUCGGCGACCGCCCCCGGAGCACAUCAGGCGACCGCCCCCGGAACACUUCAGGCGACCGCCCCCGGAACACUUCCGGCGUCCGCCCCAGGACCAUUUCCGGCGCCCGCCCCAGGAGCAUUUCCGGCGUCAGCCCCAAGAGCAUUUCAGGCGCUCACGAGAGGAAGAUUUCAGGCACCCACCAGAUGAAGACUUCAGGGCCCCUCCAGAUGAAGACUUUAGACACCCUCCUGAUGAGGAAUUCAGGAGCCCCCAGGAGGAAGAUUUCAGAUGCCCUUCUGAUGAAGACUUCAGGCAGCUCCCGGAAGAAGACCUCAGGGAAGCUCCGGAGGAGGGCCCUAGACUUCCUGACAAUUUUAGACUUCCUGGUGAGGAUUUUAGGAAUCCACCUGAUGAUUUUAGAAGUCAUCGCCCUUUUGUGAAUUUUGGUCGCCCAGAGGGUAGCAAGUUUGAUUUUGGAAAGCAUAAUGUGGGAGGUUUUCCCGAAGGGAGAUUUAUGCCUGAUCCAAAGUUAAAUUGUGGUUCAGGUAGAGUAACUCCUAUUAAGAUAAUGAAUCUUCCAUUUAAAGCUAAUGUUAAUGAGAUUUUAGAUUUUUUCCAUGGUUAUAGAAUCAUACCUGAUUCAGUUUCAAUACAAUAUAAUGAGCAAGGAUUACCUACAGGGGAAGCCAUUGUUGCUAUGAUAAACUAUAAUGAAGCUAUGGCUGCUAUUAAAGAUCUGAAUGAUAGGCCAGUCGGCUCCCGAAAAGUUAAGUUAAUUUUACUCUAGAGAGCAGUUCUAAAUUGAGUUAUCAUCCCACAGUAUUGAUGCAGUAAAAUGCAUUUGUUUUUUAAAAACUGUUUAUCUGAUGAAAAGAAAUAUUUUAAU